GCUGUCCAGCUAGGGAAAAGUACCAGAGAACAUUUCAGUUCUACAGCAAUGUAUUUGUUCAGUAAAUAUCCGUUCAGGUUCCCUUGAAGAUGUAAACGUGAUUAAGACCAGUUUUUGCCCCCUCUUAACGAGAAGGACUUGUAAGACAUUUUAUUGUGCAAUUUCUGACACGCUGGAUUAGAAAUUCAGACUAAAAUACAUUGGAAGAUCUUGGAGGGGGUGAGAUUAAUUAUGAUUUUGGGGACUGUUCACAUUUGGUAGCAAACUAGUUUCCUUAAACUUCCCCUGAGCAUCUAUUUUCUACUAACAUUUGAGGGUCUCGUACGUGCUUCUUAGUCUAAGCCUGGCAGCAACUUCUUUGUGAGAUAUGUAUCGUUUACCGUUUUCCGUAGCACCCUUGUAUAAACUAGGAAACAAUCUCAGAAAUUAAGUUAUUUGUCCCAGGGCUUCCUGCUUGUUAGUGAUGGUUUUUCUCCUUUAAUUUCUUAUGAAUCAUAGUCUUUUGUUGCUGUUUACUUUUUCCCCUUCAUCUUCUCCGAAGGAAUGUAUGCUCUGUGAAAGCAGGGAGCUUUUCUUUAUGAUAAAGAUGAUAAUAGCCAGUGUUGAUUAAGCGCUUUUUGUGGAAGCUGAGCUGUGAAGUUGCAUUCUUUUAAGGAUUGUGGGAAGCAAAUGUGUUAGUAGCAAGAAGAGUUGGUUGUUGGUAGCUGGUUGAGUUAGUGGAAGAGGAAAGUGAGGGACAUGCCCAAAGUGGAGAUGGUGCUGGUGAUGGCAGCUAACGUUUAUUAAACGUUAAUUAUGCCUGGUUCCGUUAACACAUUUUAUACAUUGAAUACUCAUAACAACUCCAUAAAGCAGGUACCUAUUUUAUUUAAUUUUUUUUAAGUUCAUUUAUUUUAAGAGAGAGAGAGAGAGAAAGUACGCACGCACGGGCACGCUAGUGGUGAAGGGGUAGAGAGAGGGAGAGAGAGAAUCCCAUUUGGGCUUUGCACUGACUGUGAGGAAGAGGGGCUCCAUCCAAUGAACAAUGAAAUCAUAACCUGUGCUAAAAUCAAGAGUCGGAUUCUUAACCAUCUGAGCCACUCAGGUUCAGAAACUUAGUCUGGUGGCAGUAAGUAACUCUGUCCCACAGGAUAUCUGCUGUAUGGCAGCUGAUGGGAGGCUAGUCUUUGCUGCUUAUGGGAAUGUUUUCUCUGCAUUUGCCCGUAAUAAAGAGGUAGUACACACCUUUAAGGGUCAUAAAGCAGAAAUCCAUCUGUUGCAACCCUUUGGGGAUCACAUUAUCUCUGUUGAUACUGACAGCAUUCUUAUUAUUUGGCACAUAUAUUCAGAAGAGGAAUAUCUGCAAUUGACUUUUGAUAAAUCAGUAUUUAAAAUUUCUGCAAUUUUGCACCCAAGUACCUACUUGAAUAAAAUACUUCUUGGCAGUGAACAAGGAAGCCUACAGUUGUGGAAUGUAAAAUCCAAUAAGCUUCUGUAUACGUUUCUGGGAUGGAAAAUUGGAGUCACAGCUCUUCAGCAGGCACCAGCUGUGGAUGUUGUUGCUGUUGGUCUUAUGUCAGGUCAGGUUAUCAUUCACAACAUUAAAUUCGAUGAAACAUUAAUGAAGUUUCGUCAAGACUGGGGACCUAUUACUUCAAUUUCAUUUCGUACAGAUGGUCAUCCAGUAAUGGCAGCUGGAAGCCCAUGUGGCCAUAUUGGACUCUGGGAUCUAGAAGACAAAAAGUUAAUCAAUCAGAUGAGAAAUGCUCAUUCUACAGCGAUUGCCGGACUGACAUUUCUCCACAGAGAGCCCCUUCUUGUCACAAAUGGUGCCGACAAUGCUCUGAGGAUAUGGAUAUUUGAUGGUCCUACAGGUGAAGGCCGGCUUUUGAGAUUCAGAAUGGGACAUAGUGCUCCUCUUACCAAAAUCAGAUAUUAUGGACAAAACGGACAGCAAAUUCUUAGUGCAAGUCAAGAUGGAACUCUUCAAUCAUUUUCCACAAUACAUGAAAAAUUUAACAAGAGUUUGGGACAUGGAUUAAUAAAUAAGAAGAGAGUCAAACGUAAAGGACUUCAGAAUGCCAUGUCAGUAAGGCUUCCACCCAUCACAAAAUUUGCAGCUGAGGAGGCUCGUGAAAGUGACUGGGAUAGUAUCAUUGCUUGCCAUCAAGGUAAACUGUCUUGUUCAACUUGGAACUAUCAGAGAUCUACCAUAGGCGCUUACUUUCUCAAGCCAAAAGAGCUGAAGACAGAUGACAUAACCGCAACAGCAGUAGAUAUAACUUCUUGUGGAAACUUUGCUGUAAUUGGUCUGUCAUCAGGAACUGUAGAUGUAUAUAACAUGCAGUCUGGUAUUCAUCGAGGAAGUUUUGGCGAGGAUCAAGCUCAUAAAGGAUCUGUUAGAGGUGUUGCAGUGGAUGGCUUAAACCAGUUGACAAUUACAACUGGUAGUGAAGGAUUACUCAAGUUCUGGAACUUUAAAAACAAAAUUUUAAUACACUCUAUGAGCCUUGAUUCGUCUCCGAAUACGAUGCUGCUACAUAGAGACAGUGGCAUUCUGGGACUUGCCUUGGAUGACUUCUCCAUUAGUGUUCUGGAUAUUGAAACUAGGAAGAUUGUCAGAGAGUUUUCUGGACACCACGGCCAAAUAAAUGACCUGGCUUUCAGUCCUGAUGGUCGUUGGUUAAUAAGUGCUUCAAUGGAUUGCACUGUUAGAACUUGGGACCUUCCAUCUGGGUGCCUUAUAGACAGCUUUUUGUUGGACUCUGCUCCUCUCAAUGUUACUAUGUCCCCUACUGGAGACUUUCUGGCUACUUCCCACGUAGACCACCUUGGAAUUUAUCUUUGGUCCAAUGUUUCACUGUAUUCAGUUGUUUCACUACGCCCACUUCCCACAGAUUAUGUUCCUUCAGUAGUGAUGCUUCCUGGUACUUGUCAAACCCAAGAUGUGGAAUUAUCAGAAGAAACCAUAGAACCAAGUGAUGAAAUGAUAGAGUAUGAUUCCCCAGAACAGUUGAAUGAGCAGUUGGUGACUCUGUCACUCCUCCCUGAAUCACGGUGGAAAAACCUUCUUAAUCUUGAUGUUAUUAAGAAAAAGAAUAAACCAAAGGAACCACCCAAAGUACCCAAAUCAGCACCAUUUUUUAUUCCAACAAUUCCUGGCCUUGUACCCAGAUAUGCUGCACCUGAACAAAAUAAUGAUCCCCAUCAGUCUAAAGUGGUGAAUCUUGGAAUUUUGGCUCAAAAAUCAGAUUUCUGCUUGAAACUUGAAGAAGGACUGGUAAAUAAUAAAUAUGAAGCUGCUCUUAACCUUCUGAAAGAAUUAGGCCCAUCAGGAAUUGAAACAGAGCUGCGCAGCUUGUCUCCUGACUGCGGUGGGUCUAUAGAAGUGAUGCAGAGCUUCUUAAAAAUGAUCAGGAUGAUGUUGGACAGGAAGCGUGAUUUUGAGUUAGCCCAGGCAUAUCUUGCAUUGUUUCUAAAGUUACAUCUUAAAUUGCUUCCUUCAGAACCAGUACUUCUAGAAGAAUUGACAAAGUUGUCAUCACAAGUGGAAGAAAACUGGAUCCAUUUACAGUCACUCUUCAAUCAAAGCAUGUGUAUUUUAAAUUAUAUAAAAAGUGCUUUGUUAUAAAAACAAAUUUAAAUUACCAAAUAAAUCAAAGACUUUUGUAUUAAAUGGGUUCCGUUUAAGUCAUACCUUAUUUUCCAAGUUUCAUAUGAAAAGAAAUGCCAGUGCUACUAACUAGUCAGUCAUUCUUCACUUUAAAUGCUAAAUAUUAUCUUGAAAUAAAAUUUUACCUGUCAUUUGUUUUAAAGACUUAUAGAAUCUACUCAAUGACUUAUUUUCCAAGUCUCUUCACAUCAGUUACCUUGUAUAUGACUUUUUUGAAUUGUCAUCAUCAGCUCCUAUUUUUUAAAUAUCUAUAAUGUAAGAGAUGCUAGGUAUUUCAUGUAAAAAAGUACUGAAUUGAAAAUAAACUGAUAUAUAAUAUAGUAUAAAAGUGCCUUUAUGAUUUGAAGGAAAAAGGCAUGUUUCCUUCCUUGGUGGCCUUUGAUGAAAACAUGGAUCAUUGACUCUUAGAGCUUAGUUAGAUCAUUGACUCAGACAUUAGUGCAGCCCACCUGUAAUGCAGAAAAAGAAGCUGCUAAGGUCAUUUUGGGAUCUCCGUGACAGAUCCAGAUUUUCUAACGCUGCCCAGUGCCCUCUCCGUUAGAGCCUUUCUAAAGGAACUUGUUCUUUUAUAAGUAAGGUGAGAGGCACUUUCACAAGGCAAAUUGCUAUAGGAGACAGUUGAAUUAGAUACCUAAGAUAGGGGAGGGAAAUUCUGGGCUCCAUUGAAGAUAUCCUUCAAAAAUGUUUUUUCCUUAAAGAUGGCCUUUUUAUUUGGGAAGACACUACUGACUAUGUACUUUUCUCCCCUAACCAUUUCAAAACCAGAUAGCUCUGGAAGUUUCUCUCAUCAUUGUUUUCUUCUCAUGAUUUAAGACUUGAGCGAAACGUGAAUUAACAAGAAGCAGUUCCUCCUCCUUGAAAAGUGCUGGAGGUCAUCAUGAAAGCUGCUUUGCCUCCUACUUGUGUCUGCUUUCCCUACUACCAAAAAAAGUCUUUUAGGAUGGAGCUAAGGUCACAAAUGAGUGAAUGAACUUUUCAGUCUUCGUAUCCGUUAACUGAAGCCCCAUCAGUAUGAGAAGUUGAUAGAGGACUUAAUAGUGGGAUUAUGCUAUCACAAAUGCAAAUACUUUCCCAAAUAGCAGAAAAAAGCAGAGGACAGUUGCCACUUACAUGGUAGAUCUUCGAGAUACAAUGUGAUAUGACUGCUUUGGUGUUCUUUUUGUCCUUGUAGAGGUGUGAAAAACUGUAUUACUACAGGCAAUUUGUUUAAGAAUUGGAAGCCAUAUUGAUAAUGUAAUAUUUGUAAAGUUUAAUCUACUUAAAAAAGAUAAAGCAAUUCCUAAAAGCACAGUUCUCUGAAAACAAUUUUUAGUCUAUACAUUCAAAAGCAGUAGUAUUCAUAAAAUGCAGCUGGUUGUAUUUGAAUACCAAUAUUCUCAUUAGAAAAGGUUUUUACAGAAUAAUCUCUUGAAAGAAUAGUCCUCACAAGAUGAUCAGUGAUAACUUUAAAUAUCAAAGCAUUUUUGUUUAUAAGCUUAAUAAAACUAGUGACUGAAAUGUUAAUAAUGACUUAAGUCUAAAAACUAUUUCCCUCUGCCCCAAAUACUAUAUUCUAAAGAUAUGGCAAAAUGUCAAUAUAUAACCAUGUACCAUGUGAAUUUUAUAAGUAACUAAAAAACAAAAUAAUAAGAGCUUAAGUUGAUACUGUAUUGCUUUUAUAAAUCUUGAACUGAACUUUUUUCUCUCUUUCAAAUGAGAACAUAGGAGUUGAGUGUAUCAUUUCUAUCAGAGGUAUCUUUAGAUAGUAUUAACAUCAUUUUGGCAGGUAAUCUUCCAGAAUCUUUCCUGUAUGUUCACAUCAAGUAGGAAGGGAGAAAGAAAUACAGAGAAUGAUUUUGAGUGUAUAUUUUUUCUUAAAAUGUAUUGGUUUGUGCAUACUGCUUUUCUUUACAUUUCAUAUUACAAAUGUGGCAUAUGACUGCAUUUUACUUGUAAAAUACAUCAGAGAAAAGUCUAUUUUUGACAAUCACCUUCAAUCCCAAUACCCUCCCUGUUAAGCACCAAUUGUUAACUUUCUACCUAGACCUUUUUCCAUGAAUGUAUAUACAUGCUAUAUAUAAGCACAGGAAAUGAAGUGUAUAGUUUCAAUUUUUACCUAAAUAUAUGCAUAUCAUUCUACAACUUUUCUACUUGGCUUAUUUCAGUAUAAUCACACCUAAUUUCUUUACUUUGUUUAAAAAAAAAGAAAGAUUGUUCCACAAUUAUUUAGUCUAAAAUGGACACUUAAGGGAGUUUUGUUUUGUUUUUUCCUGAUUACAAAACAAUGCUAAAGGAACAUCAUCCUGUAUUACACUGUGCAUAAAAGGAUUUCUCUGUAGUAUAUGCUUAGGCUUUGAAUUGUUGGACCCAAGUCAGGCAGUUUUAAAGGGAUAUUUCAAGAGAUACUUCAGUUGGCUUCCAAAAUGGCUGUUAUCAAUUUGCAGUUUCUUUGCAGCAAUGGAGGAGUAUCCAUUUCCUAGGACACUUGAUAUUAGAUUUUUAAAUUUUUUAUUUAAUGAGUAAAAACUUGUUUUUUUUAUUGUUUUAAUUCAAAACUCUGACAGUAGUAAGGAUGGGCAUCUUUUCAUGUUUAUUUUAGACCAUUUUUAUAUAACUUAUGUGACUUGCCUUUUGGCAACAUGGCUCAUUUUUUUGUUGAAUGAUUUGUCAUUAUCUCAUGGGUUUUUUUUGUUGUUGUUUUUCAUAUGGUGUAGAUAUUAGUCUUUUAUGUCUGUUACCAAUGUUUACUCAUUGAUCACUUGUAUUUAAGUUUACUUAUGGUGUCUUUUUUAAUAGAUGUUUUAUAUUUAUAUAUACAAGUUGAUAAUUUUUAUUACUUAUUUCAAAAUAUAAAACAUAUUCUUUAUUCUAAGACAUUUAUCAUGUGUGCAUCCCAUCAGUUCUUCAUUGAGACUUGAUUUUUGGAAGAGUAAGAUAUAGAGCUACUUUUAUUCAAAAAUUCAAAAACCAUUAAUGAAUUCCACUCUUCUCACUGAUUGGAAAUGCUGUUUUAUUAUGUGCUAAAUUCUUUGAGAUAUUUGAUAUCCCAAAUAAAUAAUAAAUUGCUUCUAGUAACAAUAAAUAAUACAUUGUUUCUA